CCCCAGCCAUGUCGUCCAUCCUGCCCUUCACCCCCCCGAUCGUGAAGCGCCUGCUGGGCUGGAAGAAGGGCGAGCAGAACGGGCAGGAGGAGAAGUGGUGCGAGAAGGCGGUCAAGAGUUUGGUCAAGAAGCUCAAGAAGACGGGGCAGCUGGACGAGCUGGAGAAGGCCAUCACCACGCAGAACGUCAACACCAAGUGCAUCACCAUCCCCAGGUCCCUGGAUGGCCGGCUGCAGGUGUCCCACCGGAAGGGGCUCCCCCAUGUUAUCUACUGCCGCCUGUGGCGAUGGCCCGACCUACACAGCCACCAUGAGCUGCGGGCCAUGGAGCUGUGUGAGUUCGCCUUCAACAUGAAGAAGGACGAGGUCUGCGUGAAUCCCUACCACUAUCAGAGGGUGGAGACCCCAGUUCUACCUCCUGUGUUGGUGCCACGCCACACAGAGAUCCCGGCCGAGUUCCCCCCGCUGGACGACUACAGCCAUUCCAUCCCCGAAAACACUAACUUCCCCGCCGGCAUCGAGCCCCAGAGCAAUAUUCCAGAAACCCCACCCCCGGGCUACUUGAGUGAAGAUGGAGAGACCAGUGACCACCAGAUGAACCACAGCAUGGACGCAGGUUCUCCAAACCUAUCCCCGAAUCCGAUGUCCCCAGCACACAAUAACUUGGACCUGCAGCCUGUCACCUACUGCGAGCCGGCCUUCUGGUGCUCCAUCUCCUACUACGAGCUCAACCAGCGUGUCGGGGAGACAUUCCACGCCUCGCAGCCGUCCAUGACAGUGGACGGCUUCACCGAUCCCUCCAACUCCGAGCGCUUCUGCCUGGGGUUGCUCUCCAACGUCAACAGGAACGCAGCCGUGGAGCUGACGCGGAGGCAUAUUGGGCGAGGCGUGCGGCUGUACUACAUCGGAGGCGAGGUCUUUGCAGAGUGCCUCAGCGACAGUGCCAUCUUUGUCCAGUCUCCCAACUGUAACCAGCGCUACGGCUGGCACCCAGCCACCGUCUGCAAGAUCCCACCAGGAUGCAACCUGAAGAUCUUCAACAACCAGGAGUUUGCUGCCCUCCUGGCUCAGUCUGUCAACCAGGGCUUCGAGGCCGUGUACCAGCUGACCCGGAUGUGCACCAUCCGCAUGAGCUUCGUCAAAGGCUGGGGAGCCGAGUACAGGAGACAGACUGUGACCAGCACCCCCUGCUGGAUCGAGCUGCACCUGAAUGGGCCUUUGCAGUGGCUUGACAAGGUCCUCACCCAGAUGGGCUCCCCAAGCAUCCGCUGCUCCAGUGUGUCUUAGAGACAUUGGGUGUGAAGGGGGAGGGUGGGGAGGGUGGGCUUGGGGAAAAUGGCCAUGCAGGAGGUGGAGAAAUCAGAACUCAAAUUACGGUUGUCAAAGAAGAAGAAAUUUUUCUCCCUCAACCAAAGUGGCACGAGCCUGUUUUACAGAACAUGAAAGCAAACCCAGAGAUGGAUUUUUAUGAACAGCUGUGUCUGCUGAACACAUCUGCCCUUUGGCCCUGGUGUGAAGGGCAAGAAAUGGCUUCUGCUCUGGUGGCUUGAGCAAACAGGUAGUAUUUUACCACCUGCCCCCUCCCCCAGCCCCUUUUUCUUUUAAUGACAGCAAACUGAGAUGUCACUGCCCAACAGGAAACGGCCCUGUGGUAAGGACCAAGUGCGGAAUUCGCCUUGGGCGCUCUAGAGGCAGGGAGAAGCCGGCAGGCAGGGGUAUGAGCGCACCUCAGGCCCAGCCCUCCUCUUCCAGUGAGCAUUCCUGAACCCCAGCAGUGGCAGACCUUGCACCCUGGGGGCUGAAUUGACUUGGGGUGGGGAGGGGUCUUGUCUGUCUCCACCCCUCGGGGAGCAUACUGAUUGGUGUGAGCGAGUGUGUCCAGAACCGAGCACACAGGGACCGGUGGGAAAAGGUGGUGACACCUCUUCUUUAAAAACACUCUUAAAGUUGUCUGCAUUUUCAGCCGUUGGAAGGAUCUGUUGAGGCUCAGCACGUAGGAAAUGUGUAGUUUGUAGCAUCACGUUGAUCUCAAAGAGAUUUGAAUUAUGUGAAAUGCUCCCGGGAAGCAGGAGGUAGUUGUCCGUGACGGUGUUCCACCACGGUGCGCGGGUCUCCGGUCACCUGUAAGAGCUCGCUCCGCUUUCUCAUGCAUUCGGCUACAUUGGCUGAUGUAGUCAGUUGCGUUAAUUAAAUGAACUUUGUCGUAUGCUCUUUUAAACCCUUGUUUUACAUUUAAAAAAAAAAACCUUGAGUUGGCACGUUGAUCGGGAAACCAGAGGGGGACCCAGCAACUUCUCCCCCAAAGUGAAGCUUUUCCAGGUUUUGUUGGGAAGACACCUGCCAGCACUUUUGGAAGCUGAAAUUAACAGGAGCAAAUUCACCAGGAGGGAAAGAUCUCAGGCCAACACAAAAGCAAAUGAAAGGGCUAUUAAAAAAUUUUUUUUACACCUUUGAAAAUUGCAGGUUUGGUGCAAAGAGGUCUGUCAUCUUUCCCCUGGGAUAUGAGAUUAUCUAGGUCACAGUAGAGGGUCAUCAGUGACAACCCUAGCAGUUAUAAUGUGUAGUAAGUACUGCUCCCAGUGGCAAUUAGUGAGAAAACUACUAUAAGUUAUUUCAACUGGAAAACAAACAAAAAAAAGAGCCCUCUUCUACUGGCCUUUUGCAGAAUACAGCAGAUGGAAUUGCCACUUGCAAUUGGUACUUUAUACUUUGCUGCUGUUUUUGUAUGAAAUGACUUACCCCAUAUUUUUGCAUGGAUUUCUACCAGGAAAAAUAAAGGGAUUUCCUAUGGAAGUCCUGUCUUAAUUGCAGGUGAAGGGAAGAAAGUGUACACUUUCGGCAGGUAUAAACCUCAAAUGUGAUGACAUUUCUGAUGCUAUGUGGAGAUGCUGGGGGCUUCCUGGGUGCCUCGCACGAUCCUAGGCCUCUGAAGCUUCAGCCGUGAAGUUUCCAGGUAGGAGAGCUGCUUGCCAAGCCUCCAGAGCACACAGGAAGAGAAGAGAGUACCUUGCCAGACCUGGACUGGUCUUCGCGCAGGACUGUUGACACAGAGCCGGAGACGGUGUGUAGUCCCUCACUCCACCUGAGGGGACCAGAUACUGCAAGUCUGAAGUUUGUGCCUGGUAUGAAAUGAUGGUGGACUGCUUCUUUUAGAUACAGGAAAUCAUCUGAACCUCCUGGAUGUGUGUUCCUGCUCCCGGUCAGGUCUGAGACUCAUGGUAUGACUUCUUAUUCCAUUUUGGCCUCGGCUGAAGCCAUCGUGCUGCCCCCUCUAAAAGCCAUGGGAAGCAGUCUCUGAGGGCCCGCGUUCUCCACCUGCUAACGUGAUCUCCUAUGAGGGCUUCCUACGGCGCACAGCUGUCCCCCAGGUACUUGGGAACUGGCUUCAGGUACAACCCAAUUUGGGUGAUCUUGGUCACAUCUGGCUGCAUUUGGAUGGUGUCUUAGAACCCUCAGUGCUCAAAGCUAAAGGCUACUUCUAGGAGGCAUGAAGUUUUAAUUUUGUGUUUUUUCCGAAAGCUACUUAAUUGGCCCUUUUUCUUUAUAGACUAGACUGCUGGAGGAGGAUGAGUGAGGAAAAAGUGGGGAAGCCCACCUUCAGCACCAUUGAAAAGAAAUUUGGUUGUACCCAGAGGUUAGGAUCUGGUUUCAUUCCCACCAUAGAGGCUGUGUAGGUGGCUUUGAGGCACGUGUAAUAUUAGUGUCCUUCAAGUCAUAAAAAUAGUUUUAAAAUCCUAUUGCCUGCAGGCACUUAUACAUUGAAAAACUUAAAGGACAGCUGAAAGGGGCAGGAGGAAAUCAGGGCAGUUCUGGGGGGUGACGGUGGCUGUUGGAGACCCUUUUCAGUGCCGUUGUCCAGGCUGCACAACGUGCCUUGUUCCCCUGCCCCGGGCUCCCCUCCAGGCCACCUUCACCUUGCGGCUUGUGCUGACGCUGACCUGAGAGUAGCUAUAGCGCGGGGUCCUAGAUCCUGGCCUCAGCACCUCCCUCAGGAGCCAACUUGUAUUCCCUUUCCUCUCCGCCCACUCCCUCCCUCCCCCUAACUUUAUUUAGUACUUGGAGCCUUCCAGCGCAAGUAGGUAGCCGCCCCAGCGGUUCGGGUUACAGGCCUGUGCUGGCCAGUCUUCUCUGCUGGCCACCUUCCUGGCAGACUGCAGAUCUGACAUUCUGAGACAAGCCCAGAGUCAGGAGCGGGGACUUGGACUCUUAGGAAGAACAGACAUGAGGGCAAGGCUGCUGGCAGACUUUUCCAUUGUCCUUAUGUUGUCUGUGCUGUAUUUUUUUUAUUUACCAUGGUGAUUAUUUUUUUAAAUCAUUGUUAAUGUAUUGGAAUGAGCUGUAGCACGUAUCUUGUGCUUAGUUUGUUUUUCUCCAUCUCCCUCUGGCUUCCUAGAGUUUGGACGUAUUCCAGGGCUAAAUGCCUUUACUCACACUGCAGAAAAAGGUUUUCUUUAAGUAACGUGUGCAUGACAUGCAUGUAUGUGAGUAGCUUGGGGAGACGGCAGAUAUCUGAUUUCAUUCUCAGCCCCAAGCUGCCAUUUCUGAGGCUCCGUGAGGGUCUCUGCGGGGUGAGAGCUCACAUUAGGCCACUCUCUGUAGUCCUAAAAAGGAGAAGGGAGGGACAGGAAUCUUCAGACUGCUCAGGGGACUGUUUACCAAGGGGGUUACCAGUAGCAAGAGAGGGCAUGAGUUUGGUUCUGGGCCCUGUGUCUUACUGUGUGACUAGGUGGCAGAGUUGGGAGUUUUUCCCAAAUCUACAUCUUUGCUAGAAGAAAACCUCAACACAGCUAAGUUGUACCAUUUUUCUUUGUGUGGCAUAGAUGUUCCCUUUUGAACCCCUUCAAGUAACAGUCUUUCAGGAUUAUCAGCCACUCCACAAGUGGGUGGGAAAGCAGAAAAAUGUAUGGAUCAAAAAUGAAGAUGAAGCAUCUCUGAUGGAAGAGUGGGGAAAUGACUUGCUCUACAGGCAACCUUUCAGAAACACAGCUAUCACAUGCAAAAACUCGCGUAUUGUGUAAACUGGAUUGAGAAAUUCUCUCAAGGGAUCCUGUAAUUUUUUUUUAUGCUAAAGUAAUGUACACUCGAGCAUUCUGGUGUUUUUAUAUUUAUGUAAUAAUUUCUUAAAACCAUUCAAGACAGAUAACUAUUUAAUUUUUUGAAGAAAGUUGGAAAAGGCUCUCCUCCCAAGGACAGUGGCUGGGAAGAGACGGGGCAUAGCCAGUUCCAAACGCUGGUAGAGGGUGCACUGGCUUUUGGGCUCAGUGCCUGGAACAACCGACCCAGGCUGGCUCCCCACGUGGCAGCAUGUGACCCACGCAGCUCGGAGUCGAAUACAGGCCCUUACGUGGGGGCCUCUGAACCAAGCCCCUCUCCCUUCUUAGGGGUGAGAACUGUACAGAGGGAUGGAGCCAUCUUCCUCCAGGAAGCCUUCAUUCACCCUCAGUGCUGCUGUUGCAACUAGGCUGUUCUGGGCAGGACUCCUGUUUGGGUGUGCGUUUGGGUGAGAAAAAAGAACGCGGAGGAUGUUGAUUACCUUCCCUUCUCAGCCAGCCUGACCUUUUAAUACCUUUGUAAAAAGCAUGUAUGUAUUUAUAGUGUUUUAGAUUUUUCUAACCUUUAUCUUAAGGGCAGAGCACGUGUUUAAGCAUUGUGCCCCUAUUGUUAAAGAACUGUGUCCUCUCUCCUUCUCUCUCCCCUGUAAGUGCCCUUCUAAUAAACUUUUCAUUGAAAAGCU